AUGUUCUAUAGGAAUAUACCAAUCAGACGCCUAGUUGCUCUGGCUUCUAGAUCCAAGACAUCGGAUACGUGCGUUGCCUUGACCGGAGUAUCAAGAAGAUGUCUGCAUGGCACGGCUUUCCUCCGUACAGAUGGAGUAUUUCGCGGUCUCACAGAUGACCGCCUAUCAACGCCGUGGAUAGAGGCGUGGAGGCUGCAACAAGAAGGGAAAAACGUAGUCGCCGACGAGGUUCAACCACAGGAACGCGACCUUACUCCCAAAAAGAUGAGCGAUAGUUAUCAUCGAGUCGUACUUCCUCUUGGUCGUGAUCCAUGGCUUAGCGACACCUACAUUAACUCGUCUGGUCACAUAAGGUUAGGCACGAUAUUCAUGGAUCUUGACGCCCUGUCAGGUAUUAUCGUCUAUAAACAUACCGGGCCGGGCGUAGCCGUUGUUACCGCUGCGCUGGACAGGAUCACCAUCGCCCACCCGCUGACUGAGAUAUGCGAUCUCGAGUAUAGCGGGCAAGUAACCUACGCGUCGGGACGGAGCAGCGUAGAAAUUACUUGCAAGGUCGCCAGAGCCAGAGACGAAGGCGAACCCAGUAAGCCGGAAGAUGUAUUACUAACAUGCACCUUCACCAUGGUAGCCCUAGAUCCCAAAACCAAGAAACCAAUCAACAUUCCGCGUCUAGAGUGCUCGACUCCCGAGGAAGAAAAGAUCUUCAAAGCCGGGGAGGCCAAAGCCCUAGCCACCAAGCAAAAGCUCAAGACGUCACUACUCGAGACGGAGCCCAACGACCCAGAGUCAGCUCUGAUCCACAAGAUCUGGCUCCGACAACUAGCGUACCACGAUCCGAACAACGACCUCCGGCAGCCGGGCAACGUGCUCGCCAUGUCCAAGACGCAGCUCUCGACGGCGUCUAUCAUGCAGCCGCAGUACCGCAACCGGCACCAGACCAUGAUCUUCGGCGGCUUCCACUUAAAGCAGACAUUCGAGCUGGCGUUCUGCUGCGCGGCGAGUUUCGCGCACGCCCGCCCUACGUUUAUCAGCGCCGACCCGUGUACUUUCCGGAACCCGGUGCCAGUCGGUAGUGUCUUGUACCUAACUGCGACGAUCGUGUAUACGGACCCGCCGUUGCUGGAAGAGGAUGGCAGCGAGCCCCGACAGAAAGACCCGGAGAAUCCGGUUACGCGACUGCACGUUAGGGUGGACAGUAAGGUGAGAGAUGUCGAGCAUGGGAACGCGAGGCCGACGGGCCAGUUUAAUUACACCUUCUCAGUCCCUAAGGACGUCAAGGUUCUACCCCACACGUACGAAGAGUAUAUGAUGUACAUCGACGCGAGGAGAAGAGUACAGCUCGCAGAUGUGCAGGAUCGCCAGGAGCAUGCAGACCCGAAAAUUCAACAGCUACAAUCAACUGACAAUAUCAACCUCACGGAGUGA